CAAGUCCAGCUGUCAUGUGUUUACCUCUAAUUUCAGGAAAACACAACCGGAAUUAAUUGAACUGAAGACUCUGGUUGCAGAUGCCUCCAAAAGAUCCUGUUUGUGAUUUUUCUAUUGUGCAAGUAUAUUUUGUUGAGUUUAUGUCUGUGUGGCAUCAGCCUCUUUGCAUGGAGUUUCAUGUACCCCAUGACGCUUUGCAAUAGAUUUGCUGAUGUGUGAAAAAUGGAUGGUGUGCUGCUCAUUCAUCAAACACACGGAUCCACAGACAGCUUUUAUACACUCAAACUCAGCAAUGGAACUAAAUGAAUAUAUUAGCAUCUGAUCCUGACAGCUAAACUGUAGCACAGCAAUGUGACUGAAGGAUUGGUAGAGCUGCAGCCCCUGCCCUUAGUUCUGUCCAAGAAUGCUGAGCCCGGUUCUCUGUUCGGAUCUCGCAGCCUUGGAGCCAGAGUACACAGAGGCUGAUGUCAUCUCUACGGUGGAGUUCAACCAGACAGGAGAGUUCUUGGCCACGGGUGAUAAGGGUGGGAGAGUUGUCAUCUUCCAGAGAGAACCACAGGGCGAAUAUAAUGUUUAUAGCACGUUUCAGAGUCACGAGCCUGAAUUUGAUUACCUGAAAAGUUUGGAGAUUGAGGAGAAAAUAAAUAAGAUUCGCUGGCUGCCUCCACAUAACCCUGCCCACUUCCUCCUCACUACCAAUGAUAAGACCAUAAAGCUGUGGAAGGUGAGUGAGAGAGACAAGCGAGCAGAGGGCUACAAUCUCAUAGAUGAGGAGGGCAGACUAAAGGACCUUUCUACAAUUACAACUCUACAGGUCCCUGUUCUCCGGCCGAUGGAUCUACUUGUGGAGGCGUCCCCGCGGCGUGUUUUCGCUAAUGCACACGCAUAUCACAUCAACUCCAUCAGUGUCAACAGUGACUGUGAGACGUACAUGUCAGCUGAUGACCUGAGAAUUAACCUGUGGAAUCUCAACAUCACUGACCGAAGCUUCAACAUAGUAGAUUUGAAGCCAGAGAACAUGGAGGACCUCACCGAGGUGAUCACAGUGGCAGAGUUUCAUCCUCAUCACUGCCACCUGUUGGCCUUCAGCAGCAGUACAGGAACCACACGCCUCUGUGACAUGAGAGCCCGCGCACUCUGUGACCAACAUGUCAAAUUGUUUGAAGAGGCAGUGGAUCCGGCAGGUCGGACAUUCUUCUCAGAGAUUGUUUCCUCAGUGUCAGAUGUAAAGUUCAGUCAUAGUGGCCGUUACCUGCUCACUCGAGAUUACCUCACCGCUAAAGUCUGGGACCUCAACAUGGAAAAUAAACCAGUUGAAACAUACCAGGUCCACGACUACUUGCAAACCAAACUCUGCGCAUUGUAUGAGAGUGAUUGUAUUUUUGACAAGUUUGAAUGUGCCUGGAACGGAACAGACAGUGUCAUAAUGACAGGGGCGUACAACAACUACUUCCGAUUGUUUGACCGGGCGAGCAGACGUGACGUCACUCUGGAGGCCAGUCGUGAGGUGUGUAAGCGCAGGGCGGUCCUGCAGCCGAGGCGUGUGUGUGUGGGGAAGAAGAGGAAAGAGACGGACGUUAGCGUGGACAGUCUGGACUUCCAGAAAAAAAUCCUCCAUACCGCCUGGCAUCCCAAAGAAAACAUCAUCGCCAUCGCAGCCAGCAACAACCUUUACAUUUUUCAGGACAGACUGACGCCCAACAUUCAUUCACAAUGCACAAAUACAAAGUGUGCCUCUCAAAUAACAGACACACCCAACAUCAAUGAUUCCACAUGAAUCCUUCUGUAUGUGGUAUAGCACUGUACUUCAGGUUUGUCCUCUAUUCAGAAUUAAAUUGCGUAUGCCUUUAAAAUUCCAAUUCAGUUGCUGAAUUGCAAUUGAGGUUGUAAACAGGAUGCAGAAUUGUAAUUCCACAUUGGAUGUAAGGUAGUAGAAAAUGGAAUGAAAUUCAAAGGCAUUCAUGUAACUGUUGUAAGUGUAGUUUUUUAUAAUACAUUUGAUUUUCAGGAUGAAUUACCCUUAAACAUGCUAUCAUACAUACAACAUAUGAGGCAUUUCCAUAAACAUUAGAUAGAAUUCAUUGAUACUAAAGUAAUAUCCUGGAUUUAGAGUUAAGAUCAAUGUACAGCAACACAAAAAUUUAUUUAAAAAAAAAAAGAAAGAGCAAAAAUCGAGGUUACAAUGAGGUACUUUCAAUGGAAGCCAAUGGGGCCAAUUUUUGGAGGGUUUAAAUGCAGAAAAUGAAGCUUAAAGUGCAUCCUCAAAGUAUUCACAGCGCUUCAGUUUUUCAUGUUUCAGCCUUAUUCCAAAAUGGAUUCAGUUCAUUAUUUUCCUCAAAAUUCUACAAACAAUACCCCAUAAUGACAACGUGAAAGAAGUUUGUUUUCCAUUUAAUCCAUUUUGGAAUAAGGCUGUAACUUAACAAAAUGUGGAAAAAGUGAAGUGCUGUGAAUACUUUCUGGAUGCACUGUAUAAUUUAUUUUAAAGCACUUUCAUUUCAGCAACAUUCAUUUAUCUGUUAAAAGCUGUAAAGUUAUUUAAAUCGUCAGUUUUACAGUUGUUUUAGGGUUUGUUGACAUUACAUCAUCAUGGCAACGAAGUUGUAAAAUUGGAUAUAACUACACAGAAAAGGUAAGUGACUUUUAUUACACACAAAUCAUGCUAACAAACUUACUGUUUGUGUAUUAUGGUUAUACUAUUGAAAUAGUAAGUAUUUAAAGUUUACAGUUCGAUCCCAUUCACUUCCAUUGUAAGGGCCUCACUGGAACCUCGAUUUAAAUGUUUUUUUUUACUUUAUUAAAUUAAUUUAAAUUAACUUUUGUGGUAAUAACAUUAUGCCACAAAUGCAAGUGAGCUUCACUUGUAAUGAACCCGGAAUAUUAUUUUAUAUAUUUAAAUAUGAUAUUUAAAAUGUAAUAUUUUUUUGCCAGAAUAUACUACAGUAUAUACACACACACUGACAUUUUAAUGUAAUAUAUAUAAUAAUAUUUUACUAUUAUAUGUAAUUUUAUAUAAAGUAUAUACAGUAAUAUAUAUACACUUUAAUCUUAUGGACCAUGGUGAAUGAACAGAAAAUUCCUCUUCCUGUCAUUCUAUUUCAAAUUCCAAUUCAACAUCCUGUGUCACUUCAAAUUCCAGCUCAUAAACUGGAACAGAGCAAUCUUAAAUUCUGAAUUUUGCCCAACCCUGCUAUAAAUGUUUGACCAGCACAACACACAUGCCAGGAGUGUGGUGUUUCUCUAUUAAUUUGAUUUCUUUUAGCUUUUAACAUCAUAUUUCUCAUCUGGAUUCAGUGAUGCCAGCCUUGAAACAAUCAUAAAAACUAUGAUAAACAUAUAUUACACAGUUUGAUGAUAAGGUCCUGAAUGAGAAUGUACCGCUAUAAUGUUAUAGCAUUGCAUGCAGUAUGAACACUAUAAGUUUCAGCUGCCUUGAAACAUGCAUAUUUACAAAGCUGUUUGCUCAUAAACAGGGCUUAUUUACAGGAAUGUUCCAGGUUCAAAACAAGUUAAGCUGAAGUAACAUCAUCUGUGGCAUACUGUCGGUUACCGGAAAGAGAAUUUAUUCUCAUCCAUCAAUUUGUAAAAAAAGAAGAAAAAAAAAACAUCUGUACAGUAAUGCACUUUCAGUGGAAGUCUAUAAGGCAUUCCUAUCGUAUAUCUUAAUUGUCCUUUUAGUGGUGGGACUGUUUUAGGUGGAUGAACUUCUGGUUAUGCGUUAUUGAUGAUUCAUGUGGGUGGAGUUUGCUCCAUGUAACAGUACUUUGGAAAUAGUUAAGUCUCCUUCUGGUUACCGGAUGUAGCAGCUUUACAUGGUCAUGACAGGACUUGAAAUAUUAAAUAUAAUUAACAAGUUUAGAAAGUAGUCUCAUGAAUAAUUUAGAAACAUUAUGGCUAAAUUUUCAAAAGAGUGUGUAUUUUAAUAUUUAUCCCAGUGCAAUGAUAUGCCCCAUUUACUUUCAUUGAAAUUGCUUUACUAUACAUUCGACAUUUGCUUUUUUUUUUUAUUACAAACUGAUGAGUCGAAAUUAUUUUCCGUGAUAAUAAUCGACGGCAUGUUACAAAUGCUUAACUUGUAUUGAAACGUUCCUUUAAAGGGAUAGUAACUCAAAAUGAAAAUUUAGACAUUUACUCACUCUCUUUUUCAAACCCAUUUGAAUUUCUGUCUUCCGUGGAACACAAAAGGAGAUUUUAUGCAGAAGUCACCAUUCACUUUCAUUGUAUGGUAAAAAGAUGCAAUGAAAGUGAACGGUGACCGGAGCUAACAUUCUGCCUAACAUCUCCUUUUGUGUUCCACAGAAGUCUUUCUUUCUAAAUGGUUUUCGAACAACGUGAGUGUGAUUAAAAUAUGACAAUUUUAAUUUGUGUAUGAAGUGUCCCUUUAACAAUAAUAAUGAUGAUUGUAAAUGACUCAAGAGCCUUUAUGAUGCUUUCUAAUGCUCUACUGUGCUUGUAUGUAUACUAUACAGUAGAAUUAAGAGUAUUGAGUUUUCUUUGGUUUGACAGACUGCUCAGGGACACUUUAAGGCCUCUUCCCAUGUUCAAUGACAAAACUUACAAAAGCAAAAUCCAAAACAAGCAGUGAAUAGGAUAUAGGAAUUAUGGAGGUGUGCCGAGACAAUGCUGGAAAGGAAUGUGCAGGGAUCAGUUUCAAUGCUGUUUCAUCACCACCCUGACCUCAAAAACAUAAAGAGCAUUUCCAUUCAGUACUUUUGUCAUGUACUGAUCGGUGUAUAGCUAGUACCCAGAUUUGACCAUUUUAUCUAGAAUAUUAAAAGAAUAGUUAACUCAAACCCUAUGACCCUCUUUACAAAUAGAGAAUCAGAUUGUUUGAGUGCUCUUUUUCUUUAAAAAAAGAAAAGAAAAGUGGAUUGGUGCUGUCAAAAUACAAAAAGUACGAAUAAAGUAUCAUAAAUGUUGUCCAAAUGACCUGUGCGCUAUAUUCCUAGUCUUCUGAAGCCAUACGAUAGCUUUGUGCCAGGACCAGGCUGAAAUGUAAGUUGCU